AUGCUGUGCGCGCCUUUCGUCGCCAAGGCCCCCCCGAGUCGUGGGGCCUUCCCUCCAGAACGCCAGGCGCCGCUGGCGGUCCCAGGAACCAAGUGCAGCCAGGUGGGUUUGAUGUCCGACCCCAACCCUCUGUUCCUCAAGACGAAGCUCUGCAAGUUCUUCGCGGUCGGCGCCUGCUCGAAGGGCUCCGGGUGCAAGUUCGCCCACGGCGCGGGCGAGCUCUCGGAGCUGCCGGACUUCACGAAGACGCAGCUCUGCUCCUCCUUUCUGUUCUUCCGCGCCUGCACGGCUCCAGGCUGCGCCUUCGCGCACAGCCCGCGCGAGCUCAGGCCGCGCGCCGCUGGGCGGACGGAGGUGCUCCCCGCCGGGGCGGAGCCGGGCGCGCCGCGCCCGAGCAAGAAGCCCCUGCGGAGGGACGGUCGGCGCGCUCGGCGGAGCGCCGGGCAGGCGGCGCAGGGCGAGCAGGAGCCGUGCGUUCCGCAGAAGGAGGUCGUGCUCCAGGCGCUGCCGCUGCUCCUGGCGGACGUGCUGCGGAGCGGGUGCGGGGACUCGUGGGCCGACCAGAGCGAGGACCUCGAGUCGCCGACGUGCCAGCGGAGCCCGUGGAGCCGCCAGACCACCGCGGGCCUCGCACACUCGUCGGUGCCGGACGGCCAGGGAUCCGAGACUGUGGAGCUGGCGUCGGGCGACGACGUCGAUGUGGACACCGGCCCACCACGCGCGCACACCCUGGAAGUCAGGAACACGUUCCUCACAAUUGUCGACGAUGACGAGGCUCGCACCCCGCUUCGCCGGAUUCGGUCUGCACCAGCGCUGUCCUGCUGCCGCCCCUGA